UGAUUUACAUGUAAGACAUGGGGUCUGCGGCAAGUGCAAGGAAGAUUCCGCCAGCCGAGAAAUUUGAAACAGUAGAACCAGUCCCAGAUUCUGCAGGAGCAGCUACAGAAAGCAACAACAAAACAGAUGGGUCUCCUGGAAAACCACAAUCGACUGAUUCAACCAACCCUGCAGAAAGUGAAAUUGUUCAAACUGACGGAGGUACCCUUGAGGGAAAUUCCGAUGGCUCUUUGAGACCUACGGAUAACAUUUCAGAUGCUCUGCUUGUUGAUUUUGCAGAUGUAAAGUUGAGGCGCCAGGACCACAAGAUACGCGACAAGAUCAAACAGCGCCUCGUUCCUGUUAAAGAGAGUAUCCAAUACAUUCGACAGUGCAAUGAAUUUUCCUGUACCUCAUGCAACAAACAUAUGAGGGAUAUCAAUUUAUUUUCUCGUGACUCCAAAAUAGGCCUCACAGCAGCAGCGGACGCAAUGGGGAUUGAUACAGACCACUGCAAAAUGUUUAACUAUACAUGGACAAAAGGAACAAAGUUACAGGAGAUUGAAGAUGCGCAACCAAGUGAAGAACUUCCAUCCGAAAUAAAAGAGAUUUUUACCUUUUACAUGGAACUCCUAGGCUCGACCUGGAAUUUCACCGACAAGUCUGACUUCUUUUGCUUGCAACUUGAGGAAGAUGGAUGUCUCUCCGUCAUUGUCGACUGGCUUUUACACCUAGGUGAGAAGGGGUGUUCGAUGAACAAAUGGGUUGAAGAUAUGGUCUUCGAUGCAAUGAACAUUUUGGAAAACGCAUGUAGGAGACUACCACCGUUGGCACCUAGGCAUCACCGCGCGGUUCCUGCCAUUCAGAAGCUUUGCGAAUCAACGGACAGUCUGACGCAGACAGUUGCGUUUAUGACUUUAGCAAGACUAGUGAAGAAAGAAGAAGCAGACAAGCUGUCCACGAAUUACGAAUGCAUCGUAUCGCUGCUGUCUCUCUUGGAGAAGUGCCUGUCGGAUCCAAAACACCACACGAAGGUCACACGGCGGACAUCAAAGAAGCGUUCUACUGUGAUAUGUCUGGCUGCAAUCGAGCUGCUCCAGGCUGUAGAGGAACUGGCUAUCAACGACAACAACAAGCAACUCAUUGUAGCCAAAGGGGGAAUUCCAAUUCUUGGGAAAUUACUCGAACCAAAGUGUUCGAAGGAGGAGAAAACAUCUGCAGCCAACACAAUCUGGAGACUGGCAUUUCUGAAGGAAAAUAAAGAGAAACUCCGCAAAGAACAGUCUAUUAUUUACAAUGUGACUGAGAACUCCCAAAGUGAGCACGAAAAUCUCCGUACAGCCUGCAUGGGAGCUCUCUUCGAAAUUUACGAAUCAAGACUUCCCGAAGGCCUAAAGAACAGGAAAACGGCCGACGAGUCACCGCAGAGGGCGCCAGUGGACACUGCAAAAUCGACUGGACACAUCAUGCUCAGCUACAAAUGGGAACACCCGUCCAAACCUGUGAUGAGAGAGUUCAAGAAGGAGCUUCGAAAAAGAGGGUACACCGUAUGGAUGGAUGAGGACCAUAUGAUGGGUGAUAAAAUCGGUGCCAUGUCCGAAGCGGUAGAGAAUGCGGACAUGGUGAUAGCCUGCAUUACACGUGGCUACCAAGACAGCCAAGACUGCAGAACAGAAGCGUCCUAUGCAUAUGAAUGCAAGAAGAAGAUCAUUCCGGUGAAGGUGACGGACGACUUCAAAGCUUCUGGCUGGCUAGGGGGCAUUACUGCCGGAAAGAUAUACUACAUCGUACAAAAACCCGAGCUCGUCUCGAGGGUACUACCUAGCAUUAUAGAAAAGGAGUUUACAGCGCAGAGAGAUAUUGUUCAGAAUACAAAAGAUGUUACGCCAGGUCUUCCACCGCCAGAACAGGAACUGAAGCCACCUCAAUCUGUUUCUCAAGUACCCGGAUGGGACGCCAAGAGGGUCCAGGAUUGGCUAGCAGCGAACAACGUCACGACACGAAACAAGGCACUGAAAGCGUUCAAUGGAGUCCAGUUGCUACAGCUUAAAAAACAACUGUCUACAGCGCCCCAAACUUUCUACCAGUGUAUGAAAGAUGAUCUCAAGGUUCCAUACCCCGAUGUCCUUUCACUUGCAGCUGCACUGGAGAAUCUUGAUUAGUCACGUGGUAUUUGCCGUGAAUGGUCACCUGGGGACCGUUUCAUGAAAGUUGUCAGCACUGACAAAUUGUCUUUCUCCGACAGUCACCAUAGUAACAGUCAGAGGCCAGUGCUUCUGAGCCAAUCAAAACCAAGGAUUGUACUAAAGCUGUCAGCACUGCCAAUUUAGUCAGUGCUGACAACUUUCAUGAAACACCACCCUGAUAAGAGCAUGGCAGAUCGCAUCUUAUUUCGAUAAUAACCUACCGAGCCCGAGCAAACAUGGAUAUAAUGUUAUAAUAGGGUUUAUUUAGUCAGACUACGGCUCACAGAUAUUCAUAUACACACGAAAUGUAAGGAUAUACGAAACCAUGACGUCAGUUGCCAUGAUGUCAUGGCGGCCUGGUUCUAAACAAAUGAACCCGCCGAAUGAAAGCGUGUAUUUCUCAUAGGAGAAAAUGGCUGCUAUCGGGAUUUGAUCACUUGCAUCCUAUUUUUCAGACGGGCCAAUGUGUAUAGACACCGUCAACUGCGACUCUGUUUAGAACCAGCCCGCCAUGGCACCAUGGCACCUGACGUCACUUUUCGAUUUUCAAUGGAGUAAUUCCCGACGCACCAAUCCGUGUGGCGCGAUCACUGCAGUCAAGACCAUUGACGUGGGUAAGAGUCUCGCCUUGAACAUAUUUUUUUCAAAUUCAUGUUUUCUUAAAUCAAGUAAAUUAAGGCAAGACUCUGAAAAGGUAUGAGUGCACGAUUUGGAGUCUGAUUCAAAGCCUCAAAAAUAAACUUUCGGCCUCCAAAGGUUACGGGAAAAAAGGGCUCUGGUGGACCCAAAAGGGCAGAGGGGAGAGCAUGGGACCUGGUGAUUAUGGGCUACACGCAGAUAACAUUAUGAAUGAAUGGCAAUAUACCUUUCCAUUUCAUUAUGACGUCAGAAUCUCAUGGCACCAUCCUUUUGGCGAUAGGGUAUACGCGGUUUGCGUAAAGAUGUUUCUUUUUUUUUUGGGGGGGGGCAGCUUUGUCACGACCAAGAAAAAGG